AUGAGACGGUUCACUUUCUCCCUGCUGGCCAUUCAGAGCUGGGUGCUCACCACCCUAGCGAUCCGGAAUCCCAUUAUCUCUGGAUGGAACCCUGAUCCUUCGAUUCUCCGCGUCGGGGACGAGUACUUCCUCGCAACCUCUUCAUUCGAGUACUGGCCGAGCACACCAAUCUACAAGUCCAAAGACCUGGCCAACUGGGAGCUCUUCUCUCAUGCAUUCACCAGACCGGAGCAGCUUCAGUUAUAUGGAACCCCAACGGGCGCAGGUGCCUGGGCCCCAACGCUCUCCUAUGUCAAUGGAAAAUACUACCUCGCUGCAAUGACCCGAUGGACAUACGACCCAGUCGCCCGAGUUUGGCCGCGAGUGAUGUGGGUCUCGUCGCACGACCUCAAGACCUGGUCAGAUCCCAUCUGGGGUGACCCUUGGGGCAUCGAUCCCGCAUUAUUCCAGGAUCCGGUCUCGCAAAAAGUGUACUUGAACCUGAUGGCUCCCAACAACAACAAGGAUCGCAUCUGGGGAAUUUACCAGUGUGAAGUAGAUGUCGACAGUGGUCGCUGUAUCGGAGAGUAUCGCUCCAUGUGGAAUGGCACGCUCCCGCAUAAUGCCAGUGCUCGUCCCGAAGGCCCAAAGAUGUUCAAGCGGGAUCAAUGGUACUAUCUCCUCAUCGCCGAGGGCGGCACGGACGACCUUCACCGUGCCAGUAUUGCACGCUCCUUGUCUCCAGAAGGGCCCUGGGAGCCUGCGCCGCAUAAUCCAAUUCUCUUUAAUGGAGCCUACGGGUACGAUAACCUCACCGUGCAAUCCACUGGCCAUGCGACCAUCUUCGAAGCGGCCAACGGCGAUAGUUAUGCGGUCUACCUCGCUCGACGUAAGAUCAACGGCUCGUCGCCCCUGGGACGGGAGACCUUCAUGUCACCAGUCACCUGGAAGGAUGGAUGGCCGAUGAUCAAUGGCGGUAAUCCAGUCCUGCUCAGUGAAUCCUUCGGUCCUUCGCCCGAUCAGAAAUUACCACCGUCACGUUUCAUCGACACAUUUGACCAGAAGACGCUUGAUCCCGCAUGGUACACAUUGCGGACUCCGUAUGCGCCCACCUACGAUCUGAAGAAGGGCAACGGUCGGAAGGAGUCUCAUGGAAUUGUCUUCCGACCGAACGUUUUCGGUCUAAGCGAUCGGGACACCCCAGCAGCCAUUCUGCGGAAGCAAAAGUCGCUGAACAUGACCUUUAGCGCGCAGUUGCUUCCCACAACGUCCGGGCUGGGCUACGGUGAGACUGUCGGGAUCAGUGCCUAUUUGAGUGAGCUCCAACAUCAGGAUAUCGGAGUGUCUGGCUGUGUGAAUGGCACCGGCAUGUGUAUUUUCACUCAGUUGAUCAAGAACGGGACCACGGAGUAUAAUCAGGUAAAGCUGAACUCGUCCGCGAUUCCGUCCGACUUGACGCUGCAUAUCCGCGCGGAACCCCUCUCCUACACAUUGGGAUAUAGCUUCGGGUCAGAGGAGACAACCACCUGGCUGGUAUCGCUGUCAUCGUCUUGGUUGGCAUUCGCUCCGCCGGGUUGGUUUGUGUUCGAAGGAGCGAGUUUUGCUUUGUUUGCGACCGGCACUGGACAGCCGUGGCCGCCCCAGGCACCCGAAGUAGGAUUUUCCCAAGUCACAGAGACAUACUAUAACGAGGAUAUUCCUGAUUAUGAUCGGUGGUCUGCAUAA